CAACGCCCCGGCGGAGGAGCUGAGGUCAACAUCGAAUUUGAAAUAUUUAAAGUGAAUACAAAACUGUUUCAGCAAUGCAGACAGUUAAGUGCAUUGUUGUGGGUGAUGGUGCCGUUGGUAAAACAUGUCUCCUGAUAUCCUACACAACAAACAAAUUUCCAUCUGAAUAUGUACCGACUGUUUUUGACAACUAUGCAGUCACAGUUAUGAUUGGUGGAGAGCCAUAUACUCUCGGACUUUUCGAUACCGCAGGGCAAGAGGAUUAUGACAGAUUACGACCGCUGAGUUAUCCACAAACAGAUGUAUUUCUAGUCUGUUUUUCAGUGGUAUCUCCAUUCUCAUUUGAAAAUGUGAAAGAAAAGUGGGUACCUGAGAUGACUCACCACUGUCCAAAGACUCCUUUCUUGCUUGUUGGGACCCAAAUUUAUCUCAGAGAUGACCCCUCUACUAUUGAGAAACUUGCCAAGAACAAACAGAAGCCUAUCACUCCGGAGACUGCUGAAAAGCUGGCCCGUGACCUGAAGGCUGUCAAAUAUGUGGAGUGUUCUGCUCUCACACAGAAAGGCCUAAAGAAUGUAUUUGAUGAAGCAAUAUUGGCUGCCCUGGAGCCUCCAGAACCGAAGAAGAGCCGCAGGUGUGUGCUGCUAUGAACAUCUCUCCAGAGUCCUUUCUGCACAACUGGUGUCAGCAUCAUACUGAAAGCAAUGUUUAAAUCAAACUAAAGAUUAAAAAUUAAAAUUCGUUUUUGCAAUAAUGACAAAUGCCCUGCACCUACCCACAUGCACUCGUGUGAGACAAGGCCCAUAGGUAUGGCCCUCCUGCCCCCUCCCAAUACUAGUUAAUUUUGAAUAAUUGUGUAUUGUCAGAAAAGUGAUCAGUACUAGUUUUUGUUUUGUUGUUUCAAAAAAAUUUUUCUUUUUUGGUUAAAAGCAAGGCAUGCUUGUGAUGACUCUGUAACAGACUAAUUUGUAUUGUGGAAGCUGCUCCCUGGUUCCACUCUGGAGAGUAAUCUGGGACAUCCUAGUGUUUUGUUUUGUUUUGUUUUCCUUCUUUCCCUUUUUUUUGGGGGGAGGGGGGAGUUU